UGACCUCCUGAUGUGAUAGUUAAAGAUUGGCCUGCAUUUCUCAGUUUGGUCAGUAUAAAUGAGAUAUGAAUGUGUAAAAAUGUGGUCCAGGCGGAUAUUGGCUUUACCAUUUGAUAUAGCUAUAGAUACAUAUAGAUACAUGGUGUUUUAUCUCUCUAAUGCUUUACUUAUACUCAUGUGUAAAGCACUGUAAAAUGUCUGUAAAUUUCACUAAAAUGAAAAGUGUUCUAUAAACAAAGAUUUAUUAUAAUAUUAUGAUAUGGACAAAUAUCAUUUUGUGCUUAUUUUGUUACCUUUAUUGUUACAUAUUUUGAUGUGGCCAGUGCUGCUGUAUUUUAUCCAAAAUGAUCUGUACUUAUUGGAUCAUGUGAAUGAAUUGAUUCAUCAAAGCGCCUGUCUGGAACAUGAGGUUGGUCAGGAUGCUCACAGCAUGUUUGGGAUUUGUUAGAGGCUCUAUAUGUAUAUUACCACCUUCUGCAGUAUGAUUAUUCCAAGCCAAUUAUUGAUUAAAAAUGAUAUAUUGUCCAGUCUUAGCUUCUAUCCCCAGCAUGAGGCAUAUUCAAUGCUAAUUUCUGUAAUCUAUUAAUUAUUUCUUUUAGUGCUGGAGUUUCCUUUUCUUGCCUCAGUCCAUUGCUCUUGCAUGAACACACACACUGAACAGACUUCACAUGUAGUGUGUGACCUGAGCUUGUCUCAGACGUUCCUCGCGUUUCCUGUUUCCACUCUUUGAAGGCACACUCCUCCAUGCUCUGAGCGCGCACACGUCUAGGUUUCCUGUUUUCGAGUGAUAGAAAGCUGCCUGCUGGUUGGAGCUCAACCACCGUGACAAGGAGAGGAAAUGUCUCUCAGUAGAUGUGUCGAUUUGAUAUAAACUACAAUGAGGGGAUUACCAGGCUUGCCACAUUUUCUUCACACAUCCCUGUUCAUUGUAGUGCUGGUACAGAGGCUUCGUCCUUAAGAACCCAAAUGCCAAGGGGGUUUUCCCAUGCAGCUACAUUCAUUUGAAAAAUGCUCAUAUUAAGAACAAAGGGCAGUUUGAGACGGUGGUGCCCACGGAAGACACGGUCAUUACAGAGAUGACGUCCACCUUGCGAGACUGGGGAACCAUGUGGAAGCAGCUCUACGUGAAGAACGAGGGGGAUCUGUUCCACAGACUGUGGCACGUGAUGAAUGAGAUCCUGGAUCUGCGACGGCAGGUUCUGGUGGGUCACCUGACUCACGACCGCAUGAGGGAUGUCAAACAGCACAUAACUGCCCGCCUGGACUGGGGCAACGAACAGUUGGGUCUGGACCUGGUCCCCCGGCGAGAGUUCAGCAUGGUGGACCCUGAUGACAUCAGCGUCACUGAGCUCUACAGAUUGAUGGAACAUCGGCACCGCAAAAAGGAGACGCCGGUCCCAGCCAGUACACAUCACCUGUUUGUCCACAUGAAGAGCCUGAUGAGUUCCAACCUGGGCGAGGAGCUGGAGGUCUUCUUCUACAUCUAUGACAGCAGAGAGAGCAAACCCCUCAGUGAAAGGUUCUUUGUGAAGCUAAAUAAGAACGGAGUGCCCAAGUCUCCAGAGAAGACAGAGAGACAGUGUACCCUUUUUGUGGACCUGGGGAGUGGUGACCUGAGGAAAGAUGUGUAUAUUGUUGUUCACAUCAUUAGAAUAGGCCGUAUGGGCGCAGGCGAGAAGAAGAACACGUGUAGUGUACAGUACCGACGUCCAUUCGGCUGUGCAGUGGUCAGCAUUGCUGAUCUCCUUACUGCUGAUUCGAAAGAUGACCACCUCCUGAAGGUCUAUGCCUGCAACACAGAGAGUGACUGGUACCAAAUCCAUGACAACAUCAUUAAGAAAGUGAACUCCAGAUAUAACCUCUCAGGGUCCAACACAGGACUUGCAGUGGCUCUCCAGCUACUCCAUGGGGACAUUGAGCAGCUGCGGAGGGAGUACAUGGCCAUUUUCACACGAGGAGUGUCUAUCACCAGGAAACUGGGCUUCUCUGAUGUCAUCAUGCCAGGGGAGAUGAGGAAUGAUCUGUACAUCACCCUGGAGAAAGGAGAGUUUGAGAAGGGAGGGAAGACUGUGGCCAGAAAUGUGGAGAUCACUGUAUAUGCACUGGAUGUGGAUGGACAGAUUCUCAGGGGCUAUGUAGCAGCGGGUUCAGGCGAGCCAGGUGCAGAUGAGUAUCACUCAUUCGUGCUGUACCACAACAACAGCCCGCGCUGGACCGAGCAGAUCAAGCUACCCAUCCCAGUGGACAUGUUCCGCGGAUCACACGUCCGCUUCGAGUUCCGCCACUGCUCCACGAAAGACAAAGGGGAGAAGAAGCUGUUCGGCUUCUCCUUCGUUCCCCUGAUGCAGGAAGAUGGGCGGACCCUGCCUGAUGGCACCCACGAGCUUAUUGUCCAUAAGUGUGAGGAGAAUGCUAACCUUCAGGACUGUGCUCGCUACCUCAAACUGCCCUUCUCCAAAGCCAACCUACCAGGCAACAACCAAGCUGUGAAAGGCACCAAGGAGUCAUUCUGGAUCACCUCCUUCCUCUGCUCUACCAAACUCACUCAGAACGGUGAUAUGCUGGACUUGCUGAAGUGGAGAGCGCACCCAGAGAGGAUCAGUGACAGCUUGAGCAAACUGAAAGAGAUCGAUGGCUCUGAGAUAGUCAAGUUCUUACAGGAUACACUGGACACGCUCUUUGGCAUCUUAGACGAAAGCCCACAGAGAUAUGGCCUCAAAGUGUUUGAUUGUCUUGUGCACAUUAUAAACUUGCUCCAGGACAGCAAAUUUCAGCACUUUAAACCAGUCAUGGACACCUACAUUGAGAGUCACUUUGCAGGCGCUUUGUCAUACAGGGAUCUGAUAAAGGUUCUGAAAUGGUAUGUGGACCGAAUCAUAGAAGCUGAACACCAGGAACACAUCCAGCAGGUCCUCAAGGCGACGGAGUACAUCUUUAAGUACAUCGUCCAGUCACGGAGGCUUUUUGCGCUGGCCACGGGAGGCCAGAACGAGGAGGAGUUCCGCUGCUGCAUACAUGAGCUCUUCAUGUCCAUCCGCUUCUUUUUGUCCCAGGAUAGCCCAGGAAAUGGACCUAUCACACAUACACAGGCGGUGUUUUUGCGGACGUUUCCUGUAGUCUAUGGGGAGCUGCUGAAGCUGUUCACAGUGAAAGAGGUGGCUACGUUCGUGCGGGAAACUCUGGGCAGUCUACCGGCCACCACUCACGCAGAUUGCCCCCUGGAGGCUGUCAAACUACAAUGCAUUGCAAAGACUGUAGAGAGCCAGCUUUACACCAACCCUGAGUCGAGGUGUAUUCUGCUCCCCGUGGUCUUGCGCUUGUUACAGACUCACAUGCAGGAGCAGAAGGAUUUGGUGAUGUGCGGCCACAUCCUCACCAGCAUGCUCUCCCUCAUCAAGAGAGACGACACGGAGCCAUCUGUGUCCGAGGAGGUGGACCUGAUAGUGGACAGCUUGAUGGGUGUUUUAUUAAGGACCAUACUGGAAAUCUCGAACCGACCCCAAUCCACAGGAGGCACAAUGCGUCUACAGUUUCAGGACGUCACGGGGGAGUUUGUGGCAUGUUUGCUGGCUCUGCUGAAGCAGAUGAAAGAUAAGCACUAUCAACAGCUUCUACAGAGUUUCACUAGUAAAGAUGAACUGAGGGAUUUUCUCCUGCAGCUUUUCACCGUGUUCCGAAUCUUGAUCCGGCCAGAGAUGUUUCCUAAAGACUGGACGGUCAUGCGGCUUGUCACCAACAAUGUCAUCAUCACCACCGUGCUCUACCUGUCAGACGCUCUGAGGAAGAACUUUCUCAAUGACAAGUUUGAUUAUAAGGUGUGGGACUCCUACUUCUAUCUGUCCGUCAUCUUCAUCAACCAGCCCUGCCUACAGCUAGAGACCUUCUCUCCUUCCAAGCGAAAGAAAAUUCUAGAAAAGUAUGGAGAUAUGAGGGUGAUGAUGGGCUGUGAAAUCUUCAGUAUGUGGCAGAAUUUAGGAGAACACAAGUUAAACUUCAUCCCUGCAAUGAUUGGUCCAUUCCUGGAGGUGACGCUGGUUCCGCAGCCAGAUCUAAGAAAUGUGAUGAUCCCCAUCUUCCACGAUAUGAUGGACUGGGAACAGCGUAGGAGUGGCAAUUUCAAGCAGGUGGAGGCGAAACUUAUAGACAAGCUUGACAGUCUGAUGUCGGAGGGGAAAGGAGAUGAAACAUACAGAGAGCUCUUCAACAGCAUUCUUCUAAAGAAGAUAGAGAGAGAGACAUGGAGAGAGAGCGGAAUCUCACUCAUUGCUACUGUAACGCGCCUGAUGGAGAGGCUGCUCGACUACAGGGACUGUAUGAAGCUUGGGGAAGUGGAUGGAAAGAAGAUUGGCUGCACUGUCAGUCUCCUGAACUUCUAUAAAACGGAGCUGAAUAAAGAGGAGAUGUACAUCCGUUACAUUCACAAGCUGUAUGAUCUGCACAUGAAAGCACAGAACUUCACAGAGGCCUCUUACACCCUGCUGUUGUAUGAUGAGCUGUUGGAGUGGUCAGAGAGGCCGCUGAGGGAGUUCCUGAAUUACCCCAUGCAGAGCGAGUGGCAGAGGAAGGAGUACCUGCACCUGACCAUCAUCCAGAACUUCGACCGCGGAAAGUGCUGGGAGAACGGCAUCCUCCUUUGUAGAGAGCUGGCUGACCAGUAUGAAUCAUAUUAUGAUUACAGGAACCUGAGCAAAAUGAGGAUGAUGGAGGCCUCGCUGUAUGAUAAAAUAAUGGACCAGCAGAGAUUGGAGCCAGAGUUCUUCAGAGUGGGCUUCUAUGGAAAAAAGUUUCCUUUCUUUUUAAGGAAUAAGGAGUUUGUGUGUCGUGGUCAUGACUACGAGCGUUUGGAGGCCUUCCAGCAGCGCAUGCUCAAUGAAUUCCCUCAUGCCAUUGCCAUGCAACACGCCAACCAGCCAGACCAGACCAUCUACCAGGCCGAGGCCCAGUAUUUGCAGAUAUAUGCAGUGACUCCGAUCCCAGACAGCCAGGACGUCCUGCAGAGAGAUGGAGUUCCGGACAACAUCAAGAGCUUCUACAAAGUCAACAACAUCUGGAGGUUCCGCUAUGACCGGCCCUUCCACAAGGGCACCAAGGACAAGGAGAAUGAGUUUAAGAGUCUGUGGGUGGAGAGGACUACGCUGACCCUGGUGCAGAGUCUUCCGGGCAUCUCCCGCUGGUUCGAGGUGGAGAAACGUGAGCUGGUGGAGGUGAGCCCGUUGGAGAACGCCAUCGAGGUGAUUGAGAACAAGAACCUGCAGCUGCGUACGCUGAUCACGCAGUGCCAGACGCGACAGAUGCAGAACAUCAACCCGCUCACCAUGUGCCUGAACGGCGUCAUCGACGCUGCCGUGAACGGAGGUCUCGCUCGCUACCAGGAGGCAUUCUUUGUGAAAGAUUACAUGAUGAAUCACCCAGAGGACGGAGAUAAAAUCGGACGACUGAGAGAACUGAUGUUCGAGCAGGCACACAUACUGGAGUUUGGUCUGGCCGUCCAUGAGAAGUUCGUCCCUCAGGAUAUGCGGCCACUGCAUAAAAAACUGGUGGACCAGUUCCAUCUGAUGAAAUCCAGCCUAGGAAUUCAGGAGUUCCCAGCAUAUGUGAGGGCCAGUCCUAUCCACUUCCCCAAUGGAAGCCCACGCACCGGCCGUAACUCCAUGCCCAACAUCCUGAGCCCAGAGGGAGGUCGCGUGGUGCCCCGCCGCAGUCCUCUCAGCUAUCCUGCGGUGAACCGCUACUCUUCGUCCUCACUGUCAUCGCAGGCCUCCAAUGAAGUGAGCAACAUUACGGGCCAGUCAGAAAGCUCAGACGAAGUCUUCAACAUGCAGCCCAGCCCAUCUACCUCGAGCCUCAGCUCCAAUCACUCAGCAUCUCCCAAUGUCACCAGCUCAGCUCCGUCCAGUGCCAGAGGUUCACCGCAGUUGUCCGAGAAACACAAACAUGCCCGCGAGAACUCCUGCCUGUCCCCGAGAGAGAGGCCCUGCAGUGCUAUAUUUCCCAACCCACUUGACCCCACACAGAGGACAAUGCCACAUCCUUCAGGAGAUGCCUCUCUGCCUCGCAGUGACCCCAACAUCUCCAAUCCAGACAAAGUGGUCAAGCCUGCCCCAAGCAGCUGGAGUCUUGACACACCGCUCUCUGACUCUGUCGGAAAGCUGUUGUGCCCCCCUGUCCCUCCUAGGCCACCGUACUCAGGCUCUCCUGCUAAGAACUUAAGAUCACAGUCACCAGUGCCAGCGUCACGCUCACCACAAAAGACCUCUGCCCCACCCUUCACCCCUUCACCCACGGAGUGCCAGUCUGCGGGUCUCGUUGCCAACUCCCCCGUGCUGUCGGGCAGCUACAGCAGCGGCAUCUCCUCCCUCAGCCGCUGCAGCGUCUCUGAGGCAUCCGGCACUGAAGCCCCACCCUCCGACCACGCCCUCCCCACCUCCGCCUCCAGCGGAUCGGACGAGCUCUUUCGCAGAGAGAACAAAACCCCGCCCCCUUACAGUGUGUACGAGCGCAACAACCCCCGGCGGCCCGUGCCCCUCCCCCACAGUCUGUCCAUCCCACCCCCCAGUGCAGAUGCCCCGCCCAUACCACCAAAACCACACCAGCUCCGCAGCGGCAAGCCGGAAGUGGACCCCCGCCGGCUUGAGCAGCUGCCCAGACCGAGGCCACUUCCCAGGAAAGUCUCUCAACUUUAGCCCUGCUGGGGUGCAAAACACACCCCGACACCACUUGCACUUUCGCUCCCACUCUCUUCGGGUCAGUAAACCCAAAUCUCCAGUUUAUAUGACAGACAAACAGACUGUGGGGUGUAUUCUUAAUAGAGGAGGGUAUUGCAAGGGCAUGACUGCUACAUUCUGCACUUUUGAAGGAUCACGUGUUAAAAUAACCACUGGGGCAUUGUCUUAGCGUUUUGGUAGGCGUCUUAAUUCCAUUUACUGUAAAUAUUUAUAUGAAAAUGAUGGUUUUUGCCUUAAGUAUUGAAAACAGAUUCUUUUAUUGAUGAGUAAUGCACGUUUUAAGUACACUGUACUUUUCUAAAAUGGCUUAAAGGUGCUAGCGGCCUGCACACCUGUGUUCAUGUAGGCACUGGAUAACGUCCACGGCUUUGUUCCUAUACACUUGGAUGUCAUGAAGCAAGCCAUUCCAUAGUAACAGAAUCAUGAAGGAUGCUGCACUUGGGUGGCCCAUUUACCACUUAAAUCAGUUUAUUACGAUACCUGACGCCAUUAUGCUCUUACUGAAUUACUCAGCACAUCAGAAGAAACAGAAAUGAAAUUAUUUGCACACAACAUUUACCUUCUGCUACACUGUAGUCUCAUCUACCACGCAAUUAGGAUGGUGAAGCAUCAUCGACUUGUUCUAUGUGGACAUCUCAGAGCUGUUCAUAGUUUACAUGCUUUUGGCAGAAACCUGGCCCAGAUGUCGCUUCUGAACUACAGUCUGAUCAUAGUGAUGAAUAUGUGGGUUAUUUUGCCAAGUAUUGUGCCAAAGUAACAUGGAAGCUGUAAGGAACUAAACCUGGUGAUACUGAAGUAGAAUGCACACAGUGCGUUUGCACGCUAGGACCGAAGAUGCAAGAUUUUGUAUGCUGUCCCUUUGGAAUUGACGUUCAGUCAAGAAGAAGCACAAAUGAGGUAGUAAGUAGCAUAACUACAUUUCAGAUGACAGUCUGAUACCCACAUUACAUCGCAUGGCUAAUAUGCAGGAGAUAGCCCAUGCAUGUGGCAGAAAUUAGCCUAAAUAAUGUGCAGUGUACAGUGACGGUAAUUUUUUUUUUUUACCCAAUCUGAACCUUCUAAACCUGACACAGACAUGAGGCCUGGCAUUCCUACUCACAUUCUACUCUGCCAAUAAAAUCUGCCACAUCCCUUCCUCACACCUGUCAGUAAGAAAUGUAGGUAAUGGUUCAUUUGAAGGGCUCUAAAACAGGAAUAUUAACGGGGUUGUGACAAUGUACUAAUAUAGCAGUUCUCAAACUUGGGGCACUAAGGCAGAAAAAUUUGUUGUGUCUGUUUAGUAAGUUUUCAUUUUGUCAUUUUAGUGAAUAUCUAAAAAAGAUACACUGUAUGUCCAACAGCUUGUAGACACCUACAUUUACGAUAUAUAGCAGACACUCUUAUCCAGAGCAACAUGCAACUUGAUCAUUUUACACAGGUAGACGAAGGCAGUGUUAGGAGUCUUGCCCAAGGACUCCUAUUUGUAUAGUGUAAAGUGCUUUUCCAGGUGGGGGAUUGAACCCCAGUCCACAGCGUAGAAGGCAGAGGCGUUACCUACUACACUAUACCGACCACCUACUCAUCCAGUUUUUCACUAGAUGUUAGAACAUUACUGUGAGGAUUUGAUUGCAUUCUGCCACAAGAGCAAUAGUGAGGUCAGCAGCGUAUGUUUGAUGAUUAGUUCUGGAUCCACUGCAACUCAUUGCACAGGUAUUGGAUGGAGCUCCAUCACUCCAGAGAAUGCAGUUCUCAUGCUCCUCUACCCAACACUUAGCAUUGGGUAUGGUGACAUUAGGCUCGUGUGCGGCUGCUGUUGCAGCAUUUUCUUGGCAGUUCUGUUCUAUGGAGAUUAUACAAGCUGUGUGUUCGCAGUUGAAUGCCUGUAUCUGCAAUGGGUGCAGCUUAAAAUAGCUGAAUGCAUUCAUGAAAAGGUGUCUGCAAACCUUUGGACAUAUACUGUAUAAAACUUGUUUAAAAUGGUAGAUGUUAUUAAAUGUAUAUGUAUAAAUAUGUGCCAGCCAAUCACAAUUUACAGCCAUACUGCAGCCACUUAGCUGGUUGUCUGAAAUGUCAGAGCGGCACCAUGUCUCUAGUAUGUGCAGGUCAGUGAUAGCUGCAGAGAAAGCUUGCGAAAAGGUCAAAUUUGUGGUAAGACAUGGUCCUCAUUCAUAUAGCUUAAGUAAUGUCCAGGGGGCCUUAAACGUUUGAGAACUGCUGUACUAGCAUACACUAGAUCUGCUGCAGUAUUAAAUAAAGUUUGACCAUUACACAAACACUGAAUAAUGUCUGAUGAUUUUGUACAACAGAAUUAAAUUCUGCAUUUUUAGUGCACUAAUAAUGUUCAGUUGAUGUUACAGCCUUUGUCUGUUUUCAGUUGCUGUUUAAGCUAAAUUAAAACAGUAAUUCAGAUGUUUUCAAAUAUAGUGAUGCACUGAGAAUUGCAAAAGUACAUGAUAUACAGUUAUCUUGUCACAGCCCUACUUAACACAUUCAUAAAGUAUUUGCUGCAUGUUCAUUUGUAAUACAGAAACAUUUACAUACCCGCCUUGAACCAGACUGACUUUUAUAGCAGUGUCACCCAAAUACUGAUAUACUGUUUAUGAAUAUUUAUGAAAUGUGUUAUUAGAGCCUCCCUUCAAUUCACAGAAGAAUAGAAUCUGAAUAAAUAACAAAAUACCAAGCAUUGUUUUUUAAGCAUUUAGAGGAAAAUAUUGAUCACCUCACACAGUGCUAUGUUCUUUUUCCUUUUUACUUCUGGAAAAAUUAACUUGAGUAUUGUAUCUAUGUUCUCCUUUUGUAAGUUACACUUUUUUCAGACUUGGAUUAGUUGUGAAUUUUAGACAAACACAUUCACAAGAAUCAGUACUUGAGAAAAUUGUAAAUGAUAUAAUAAGGACGUUGUUGUAAGUAUGCCAAAUACGAUACCUUGUCUAUUGUACAUACUGUGUUUUUAACAGAAAGUGUAGCUAUAACAAAUUUACAGCUUUGAAUGUUGGAACAACAAAUUAUAAUUAUAAAUGUUAAAUAUUUAUGUUUUUUGGGGAUUUUAGAAAGAAUAAGGUGGAGUGAGAGGCAUCUAACACAAUUACACUCUUAUGAUUUCCUGUGUAAUAAAAUGUUUUCAACAAGUA